AUGUUGUCUCGUUCCUCGUACCUUAGGUGCUGGGCAUUGAUGAUUGGCGCGUUGAUCACACUCUUCCUGGUGGAUCUUUUACUCUAUCAAAAUAGUGUCAGAGUGAUGCACCGUAUUCGGGAUUGGAAUGUAACUCCGCUGAAUAGCACAAAACAAAAACUAGACUAUUCCUCGUUACCCGGUCAUAUGGGAACUGGCGUGCAGUUGGAUCCAUCUUCCGCAGUGUUUGUUAAAGAGAGCGUCCAGCGGUAUGGUUUCAACGAGUACGCUUCAUCGCUCAUACCAGUACGACGCAUUUUACCGGAUAUGCGAGCUAAUUUAAGUUGUUGUCGCCCACGGCGUGAAACGCUGCCACAAACCUCUAUCGUAAUUGUGUUCCACAAUGAGGCAUGGUCUGCCCUUCUCCGUACUGUUCACUCGGUGCUGGACCACUCGCCAGCUGAGCUCGUCGAUGAAGUGGUCCUCGUAGACGACUGUUCCUACCUACCUCACCUCAAGGCACAGCUCGAGGAGUAUUUUCGUCCAUUCGCGAAGAUUCGCAUUAUAAGAGCUUCCACGCGGCUCGGACUUAUUAAUGCGCGGAUUCUUGGUGCCAAAAACACUUCUGCACCUUUACUUACGUUUCUCGAUGCACAUGUCGAGUGUACUGUUGGAUGGCUGGAACCUUUGCUUGAGCAAGUGGCCCGGAAUGACACCACCAUCGCUGUGCCACUGAUUGAUCGUAUCGAUGAUCACGAUCUCCAUGUCAUAGUGAACGUGUCAUCACAUCUUAUAGGAGCUUUCGAAUGGGAUCUUAACUUUGGCUGGUGGUACCGUGAAAUGUUCCCAAGGCGAACGGCGACGCAACAGCUUCCCAGUGCUCCCUUCGAGACACCAGCGAUGGCCGGUGGAUUGUUCACGAUCGAUCGUUCUUUCUUUGCCCGGCUCGGAUGGUACGAUGAACAGUUUCGUGUGUACGGUAUGGAAAAUGCCGAGCUUUCGAUCAAGAGUUGGAUGUGCGGUGGUCGUAUCGUGGCUGUACCGUGUUCGCAUGUUGCACACAUCCGCAAGAGCGCUCACCCGUACAUUGGCCAGCAGCAUCAGAAUGUGACGCUUGUAAACUCUGUCCGGUUGGCCGAAGUGUGGAUGGAUGAGUAUAAACGGAUCGUGUUCGAUGUCAACGGCAUACCGGGGUACAGUGAGCAAGUGUUUGGGAGCGUAAGCGGGCGACAAGAAGUACGGAAGCAUGCUGAGUGUAAAUCGUUCCAAUACUACCUCCAGCGCGCCUAUCCGGAAAUGCCCUCACCGAUUGUAACCGGCCAGUUUCGUGGUGAAGUUCAUAAUGCUGCCUUAGGCAAUGGGACCUGUUUAACUGUUUCCAGGGGGGCAAGAAGUCCCACCAUGGAGCCAUGUUUGGCGAAGAACUCGCCAUCUCAAUUUUGGACCCACAACUUUUAUCAGGAACUGAACAGCUACAAACGCUGCAUCGAUGCCACUUCAUCGCCUACUGGCCCCCUCUUGAUCGCACUCUGUCAUCGGAUGCGAAGAAACCAAGCCUGGAGUUACAGUGUGAGCAGCUUACAGCUCAGGAGUGUGGCUCAUCAAACGUGUCUUUCAAUUGGGACAGAUACGGUGUCGAACAUUACGCGCACAGUGACACUGGAACCGUGCCAGGAACACAAACUAGCUCAGCAAUGGUACGUACCGUUGUUUCAGUAUGAUUUCUGGAAGCAGCCGUAA